CUUCUUCUUUUUCUCCAAACUCACGACGAGUGGCAGGUGGCAGGGGCAGGCUUUUCACAUGCAAGUUUAGAACAAGGAACAAGCCGUCAAAGGUUUGCUUUUCAUUCACUUCUCUUUUUUGGGCGCCAACGUGAGUGAGCAUUCGCAGCUUUCUGGAAGCGUGCCAUCGGCCAAUGUGCUCUUUCAUCUGUUUGCUUUUUUCCUCUGGCGGUGGGUGAAAUUGGUCUGAGGGAGCUGGGUGCCCCGGACUCUGCCCCCUCGUCCCCCACAUUCGAGUGAGCCACGCACGCUAAGGAGGUUGAAGAUGUUGCGCUGGCUGCUGCCCCUGCUGGCCUGUGUGAGGAUAGCAACGCUGCCGCAAGAUGAGGGGACCGCCUACGAUGGCCACCCAUACCAUGGAGCGGCUUGCGCGUGGACGUGCGCGGUCUUCACGAUGCAGUGGCCGGCGGCCUUCUGCCAGUCGUUGGACAACGCUUCUCUCUGCACCAUUCCUGAGCACGUCGACACCUGGACCAUCCACGGCCUGUGGCCCAUGAAGGUGACACAAUGCUGCAGGUGUUGGCCCAUGUUCUUCUCCGACGUGCAGGAGCUGCAGGACGCGCUGGAAGAGUGCUGGCCGUCCUUGUUGAAAAGUCAACCCAGCUUCCAUUUCUGGAGGGACGAGUGGGAGAAACACGGCACGUGCGCAGCGUGCGUGGAAGGCCUCAACUCUCCGCUCAGAUACUUCCAGACGUGUCUCAAGCUCCGAGGCCGCUUCGACCUCCACAAAGCCCUGGGGGACGCCGGGAUCAAGCCAUCCUGCGAUCGACCUUACAAGCUGUCUGAGGUGCAGGACGUGCUGGCUCCUCUGCUCGGUCGCACGUAUGAGAUUCAGUGCAUCAAAGACGACAAGGAGCGCGAGCUUUGGUUCCAGGUUAAGAUCCGCCUGUCUCGCAACCUGACCGUCGGCUGCGAGCACGCCGCGGACGUGACGCCCAUCUCUCAAGGUCACCCCUGCCCGGCCCAGGGGACCUUCUACUUGCUGCCCAUCGACUGGCGGCGCCCGUCGCGGCCCUGCGACUGACGUCUCUGCCGCUAAAAGGCGGACGGACGGACGGGCACGACCCGCUGAGCAAACAUUCCUUCAAAUUGUCCACGCAUCAGAAAAUGUGACCCCAGCCCAGUCUGGAGCUGAGCGCUUCCAACUUUGCUUUUUUUCUUUCUGGCCUUUUUUCCCCCCGACCAGCCAGCCAGCCAGCCAGCCAGCUCGCUCGCUCGCUCUUCUGUUUGGUUGCUCUUUCCUUUUGCUUGCCUAAAUGAAGCCAUGUGGACACAA